CUUUUACAUAUUAACUCGCAAGUAACGAUUGCAGUAAAAUCAACGAUUUCGUUAAAUAAUGAUUCGUGGAGUCUUUACGAUUUAUAUAAUCCGGGACAAGGGAAAGGUGGUGAAUUAAAAAUUGAUGAUAUGGGCGAAUAUUUUACAUCAUUAAACGACAGUUGGCCGUUUAUUGAGGAACAUAAAUUUGUGUCUAGAGGUAACAUGACUGGGGUUACUUUAACAUCAGCUAUUGUGAUUCCCGAUGGAACCAAUUACACAACUAUUAGUGAAUAUUUAGCUGACGAAAGUAAUCGAGGUAGUAAUUCUCAACAUAGAUUUCAAUGUAUUUUGAUGGGUUAUUGCAGAGAUUUCUAUAAUUUUACGUUAAAAACGCAAAGAACCGAUUCUUGGGGAUAUACAUCAGAAGGAGUGAUCGAUUUUGAUGGUUUAGUAGGAUUAUUACAACAUAAAUCCGUCGAUAUCGGUUGUACCCCAUUAAUUUUUCGAUCGGAUAGACUAAUGGUGGUUGAUUAUUGUCAUGCUGGCUGGAUUUUAAGAUCCGUAUUUAUUUUUCGACCCGUUUCUGUUACACCAGACACAAUUUCCGUUUUUACAAAACCAUUAAGUGUUAAAGUUUGGUGGAGUCUUCUCGCAUCAAUGUGUUUGUUCAUAAUUUGUUUAAAAAUAAUCUCGUCAAGCGAACGUAACAUAGUUGAAAAUGUGCGGAACGUUUUGGAUGUGUCUUGGAGUUACAUUAUUUUAAAUGUUUUUGGUGCACUUUGUUUACAAGGAACAAUGACGGAUUCAUCAUUAAACAGUGGAAGAAUUACUAUUUUAUCAAUGUCGAUUCUUUGUGUUUUGAUUUAUCAAUUUUAUUCUGGAUUUAUCGUCUCGUCACUAUUAAUGAUGCCUCAUAAAGCUAUUAAUUCACUUUUAGAUUUAAUUAGCAGUUCUUUAGAUGCUGGAAUUGAAGAUAUAUUAAUUGAUCGCGAUUUUAUUAGAUACGCUAAAGAUAAAAUUAUUCUCGAUUUAUACCACACAAAAGUGGAAAAACCUAAUCACGAUGGAUUUUAUAAACCGGCCGAUGGAAUGGAAAAAGUUUUACAAGGUGGAUUUGCUUUUCACGUUGAAACGAGUAGUGCUUAUCCACUAAUUAAAGAAACGUUUCCGACAAAUGUUCUUUGUGAACUGCAAGAAAUUCAAAUGUAUCACACCCAAUUCAUGUAUUCUAGCGUACAAAAACAAUCUCAUUUUAGAGAAUUAAUUAACUAUUGCGUUUUAAGAAUGUAUGAAAAUGGAAUAAUGCAUCGAAUGAGAUCGUUAUGGGACGCAAAGAAACCGAAUUGUCUGAGCGAUACAUUUGUUGAAUUGGUCAGUGUUGGUUUAGAAGAAUUCUCAGCUGCGCUUUAUAUUUUGUUAUUUGGUUGUGUGGCGAGUAUUUUAAUUUUGUUGGGGGAAAUAUCUUGGAAUAAAUAUAAAAGAAAUUGA